AUGCAUAACCAAAGUGUAACCUAUGCAGAACUGAAUUUGGCCAAGUCCGCCAAGAGACAGCAAAGGAAACCUAAGAGCACUCAAAGCUGCACUCCAGUAACUGAGCAGGAAAUAGUAACCUACGCAGAUUUAACUCUUGGAAAUGCUUCCCGGGAUCUUCAAGGGAGGGACAAGAAGGACCUCUCCAAAGUUUCACCAUCACCUCCAGAGAAGCUCAUUGCUGGGACCCUAGGGGUCAUUUGUCUUGUCCUGAUGUCAGCUGUGGUGACAAUCCCUAUUAUUCUCUCUAAUGCACCGCUGGAGCAGAAUAAUACCUCCUUAAAAAUCAGGAUCCAGAAAGCAUAUCAUUGUGGACAUUGUCCAAAGGAAUGGUUUACAUAUUCCAACAAUUGCUAUUACAUUAGUACUGAACAAAAAACAUGGAAUGAGAGUUUAAAGGCCUGUGCUUCUAAGAACUCUAGUCUGCUUUACAUAG